AUGGAGAACAGCACUCUCUCUUUUUACUUGAACCUAACCAUGUUCAUGAAAAUUGGACACUACAGUUAUGUGGCCUUUGUCUUUUGCCUCCUGCUCUACAGCUUUAUUAUGUUUGCAAAUCUUCUCAUGAUAUGGACAAUAUUAAGUGAGCGUGCCCUACAUGAGCCUAUGUAUAUUUUUAUUGCCUUGUUAUCUGUCAACUCUCUGUAUGGAUCGUCUGGUUUCUUCCCCAGAUUCCUCAUGGACCUUCUCUCUGAUAAUCAUUUAAUAGCACGUCCUGCUUGUUUCACUCAGAUCUAUGUUAUUUACACAUAUGCUUCCUAUGAAGUGACUAUUCUGAGCAUUAUGGCAUAUGAUCGAUAUGUUGCUGUUUGUCAUCCUUUACACUAUCACAGUAAGAUCAACUCUAAAACUGUCCAUAAAUUGGUAUUUUUUGCUUGGAUCUGUCCAACCUGUAACCUUACAAUAGCUGUUAAUAUGAUUGUCAGGCUUCCACUAUGUGGUAACAAUAUACAGAGGGUAUACUGUGCCAGCUGGAAUAUUGUAAAAUUAUCAUGUGUUAACAAUGCUGUUAACAGUAUUGCUGCUACAUUGGCAGCCAUAAUUGCAGCCUUCCUUCCGUUUGGUUUUAUUUUGUACACGUAUCUGAGAAUUGUUGUUGCUUGUUGGAAAAAGUCAUCAGAGGUCAGGGGGAAAGUAUUUCACAGUUGUCUUCCACAUGUAAUGUCAUGUGUGAUUUAUUCCAUCACAUCAUUUAGUGACACUGCCAUGAACCGACAAAAUCUUGAUGAGAUAAAUCCAUUUGUGGCUAUAAUUCUGUCACUAGAGUUUGUUAUCAUUCCUCCGUUUCUGAAUCCUCUUAUGUAUGGCCUUAAAUUACCAGAAAUUAGAAGACACAUUGUGAAGAUUUUACCAUUGAAAAUAUCUCUUUAA